AUGGUCUUUCGUCGAUGCUCGCUCAGAGGUCGAGACUUCGGGGGGCAUUCCGUAGCAGCAGCCAUUGAUCAGCCGGCUGACAGGCUAGGCAGACCGCGCCCGUCUAAAGAUAGAGGGCUAGAGGCUUUGUUAAGUCGGGCUAUCCGAGAGGCUGACUUAGAUAAUCCCAUAUUCCUGUUUUUUCUUACCAUGGCCAUCUGCAAUACAGUUGUGGUAAACGAAAAACCUCACGAGGAUUUGAUGGAUCCCGACGGUGAUAUGAUCGACUCUUGUGUUGAAGCUUCGGAUGACGUUGAAAGAUCGGUGAUUUCGCCUUUGAGCGUGAAGUUUCUCGAAGAAGUGGAGGAGGAGAUGCAGUCACUUCAAAAUCUGGAGAACUCACGGGAGUCCAUUGAACUUAUUCAGUUUAAUGAGGGAAAGGAAAGUGAGCCCGUUGGACUCGAUAUAGCGGAUGGUACUCAAAAAGUUGGAGAAAUCAGUUAUGUUGAUGUGAAAGAAAAGAACUACGCCAAGAACAUUCCUGGUAUUUUACAGCGACCAGUCUUACUUGGUUUUGCUCGUCUAAGAGGAAUAAAGGAUCUCAGCCCUUUCCGCAGGUCAGUGGACAAACGUCAGUCGCAAUCCUCGUGUGAGAUUAUCACCCCUCUGCAUUCGUACUAUGACUCCGAGUCUCCAGAUGAACUCGCUCUUGUGGAGGCAGCAAGAGAAUACGGUGUUCGAUUGCUCCGCAGGCGAUUUGACGACAUUAUAAUUCAUCUCAGAGCUACUAGCCAGACCGUAAAAUACAAACUGCUUCACACCCUACCGUUCGAUCCGGAUCGAAAGCGAAUGUCAGUGGUGGUGCAAGAGUGCGGCGGAAAGAAGAGAAUCAUUCUUCUUACGAAAGGCGCUGAUGCGAGCAUACUUCCUGUUUUGUCCACUGCAUAUUCUACAUCAGUACAUGGGGAAGACGAGAUCUUCAAAGCCCAAGAACACCUGUCUGAUUAUGCUAGAGAAGGACUGCGAACUUUGUGCUUGGCAAACAAGUACUGGGACGAAAAGGAAUAUCAGUCGUGGCGUUCAAUUCAUGAGGAAGCUGAACUUGACCUUUAUCACCGGGAGAACAUGAUUCGUGAUAGCACAUUAAAGGCAGAGGAAGAUUUAGAACUAUUAGGUGUCACAGCAAUAGAGGAUCGUCUGCAAGAUGGGGUUCCCGAAUGCAUCCAUCUAUUACGAGAAGCUGGAAUUUGUGUGUGGGUUCUUACAGGUGACAAGGUGGAAACCGCCGUAAAUAUUGCAUUUUCCUCCAGGCUGUUCUCGUCCUCAAUGGACAUUCUGAAUAUCGGUGCCAAUGGUGUACGAUCAGUAUCCGAUUUGCUGGAUGAACAUCUUCUUCGCGUUGGUCGAGCUGAGGAGAUUACUGAUCAAGCUGUCUUUGGUCUGGUGUUAAAUGCAUCGUGCCUUGACUAUUGCGUGGAUCCGCACAAUGAGGAGCGCUGUCGAAGUGUCCUGUGCUGUCGCGCUACACCAAUUCAGAAGGCAUCACUUGUUAAGUUGGCAAAAACACGCUUAGGUGGGAAGGUGCUUGCGAUAGGAGAUGGUGCAAACGACGUUUCCAUGAUCCAGCGCGCCGAUGUUGGCGUUGGAUUAUCUGGCCAAGAGGGAAUGCAAGCUGUUAUGGCUAGCGACUUUGCGAUGGCUCGCUUUCGUUUCCUUGCAAAUCUUCUGUUGGUGCAUGGACACUGGUGUUAUCAGAGGCUUUCCCAAACAAUCUUAUACUUCUUCUACAAAAACGCUAUGUUUGUCUUCACAAUCUUCUGGUAUCAGAUUUUCAAUGGUUUUAGUUCACAGGUGCCGAUUGAUCCGAUAUAUCUCAUGAUCUAUAAUCUAAUUUUUACAUCAGUGCCUGCGCUUUUAUACGGCACUUUGGAACAGGAUGCCCCUGCGGACGUACUUUUGGAUGUUCCGAAAUUCUACGAUCAUGGUCGGCUAGGGAAGAAGUAUCGAUGGUAUUCGUUCUGGUUGAAUAUGUUGGACGCUGUAUGGCAAAGCGGUGUCGUGUACUGGUUAUCUCACUUUGUGAGUUUCUUUCUUAUCCAGUUGCUUACAGAAAUCUGCUCGACCUAUAAUGAUACUGUGUGCGACAUGUGGACAUUCGGGGUAGUUCUAUGUGCUCAAUUGCUCUUUGUGAACACUUUCCAUCUUGCCUUACUUAUCCAAUAUUGGACAUGGCCUAUAUUCUUUGCAAUGGUUCUUUCUGUUGCUUCGUUCUUUGUCACUGCGCUGCUCUAUAACAGUUUUGUAACAGCUGAAUGGACAUGGACAAACGUCAAGGAUACCCCAGUCUUCACUGCUCAAAGAGCGAUGGUCGACCCGACGUUCUGGCUUGUGAGAAGAAUCAAGAGUAGAAGUGAAGUUGGCUUGGACCGUUUGUUCAGAACAAGAUACUUUUCAGGUGGUAUUACUAUCAGUUGUCCUGUCCUUGAUCCCUCGUUUUACGUUGAUUACCAUUACGAAUUCGUUGCGGCCAUCUCGGAUGCUGAAACGACGACAGAUAUCCAGUGCCGUCGACAACAAAGCACCUUCGUGCAUUGCGUUUUCUUGUUGCAAACGGGUACUAUGCGGUGA